CAAGGCGAUGGAGUUUCCGCUACUCCGCUGCUUUCAUGCCAUCCGGUUAGGCAGCUAGCAAGAGAGCUAAGCUAGCGUCGAGUUGGGCCUCCAGUAAACCAGCGGGAGAGCUUCCGACAUCAAACGCUGCUCUUCGGAAGAAGACAAGCAUCCCUUGAUGAAUCUGCAUGAGAACAAUUAAAUUCCCAGAAUUAUGGUGGUUCUCAAAAUACGAGACCAGCCUGCUUUGCUGAAAGCUAUUUUCAAUGUGGAUCCAGAUGAAGUACGCUCACUCAUAUUCAAAAAAGAGGACGUGAAUGCACAGGACAAUGAGAAGCGGACUCCGUUGCAUGCUGCUGCUUAUCUCGGUGAUGCAGAAAUUAUAGAGCUGCUGAUUCUUUCAGGUGGCAGAGUAAAUGCCAAAGAUAACAAGUGGCUCACUCCUCUGCACCGGUCCGUGGCCUCCUGCAGCGAGGAGGCUGUCCAGGUGUUGCUCAAACACUCUGCAGACGUAAAUGCCCGAGACAAGAACUGGCAGACACCGCUGCACAUUGCCGCAGCAAAUAAAGCCGUCCGCUGCGCUGAGGCCCUCGUCCCUCUGCUCAGCAAUGUGAAUGUGUCCGAUAGAGCCGGCCGGACGGCGCUGCACCAUGCGGCCUUCAGCGGCCAUCUAGAGAUGGUGAGGCUCCUGCUCUCCAGAGGAGCAAACAUCAAUGCCUUUGACAAGAGGGACCGCCGUGCAAUCCACUGGGCAGCCUACAUGGGACACAUAGAAGUGGUGAAGCUGCUGGCAUCUCAUGGAGCCGAGGUGGCCUGCAAAGAUAAGAAGUCGUACACCCCGCUACACGCAGCAGCCUCCAGUGGAAUGAUCAGUGUUGUCAAAUACCUCCUGGACUUGGGGGUGGAUAUCAAUGAGCCCAAUGCGUAUGGCAACACACCCCUCCACGUGGCGUGCUACAACGGGCAGGAUGUGGUGGUGAAUGAGCUCAUUGAGUGUGGCGCCAACGUAAACCAGGUGAACGAGAAGGGCUUCGCACCUCUCCAUUUCACUGCCGCUUCACGCCACGGGGCCCUCUGUCUGGAGCUCCUUGUGUGCAAUGGGGCUGACGUCAACAUCAAGAGUAAAGAUGGUAAGACUCCUCUCCACAUGACAGCCAUCCACGGGAGGUUUUCUAGGUCUCAAGCAAUCAUUGAGAAUGGUGCUGAGAUUGACUGUGAAGAUAAGUACGGAAAUACUCCGCUGCACAUUGCAGCUCGAUAUGGACACGAGCUCCUCAUCAACACCCUCAUCACCAACAGAGCUGACACGGCUAAGCGAGGGGUUCAUGGUAUGUUCCCACUUCAUUUGGCUGCUCUCAGUGGAUUCUCUGACUGCUGCCGAAAGCUCCUGUCUUCAGGAUUUGAUAUUGACACGCCUGAUGACUUUGGAAGGACCUGUUUACAUGCUGCAGCUGCUGGAGGAAACCUGGAAUGUCUCAAUCUUCUCCUCAACACGGGGGCCGACUUUAAUAGAAAGGACAGCUUCGGCAGGACCCCUCUGCACUAUGCUGCUGCCAACUGUAACUACCAGUGCCUGUUUGCUCUGGUGGGCUCCGGGGCCAGCGUCAAUGACCUAGACGAGCGGGGCUGCACUCCUCUCCACUACGCCGCUGCCUCUGACAUAGAUGGAAAGUGCCUGGAAUAUUUAUUGAGAAAUGAUGCAAAUCCAGGGAUCCGAGACAAUCAGGGCUACAAUGCUGUGCACUACGCCUCGGCGUAUGGACAUCGCCUCUGUCUGGAGCUGAUUGCAAGUGAAACACCUUUAGAUGUGCUAAUGGAAACCUCGGGGACGGACAUCCUGAAUGACUCCGAUGUCAGAGCCCCCGUUAGCCCCCUGCACCUCUCUGCGUACCACGGUCACCACCAUGCUAUGGAGGUUCUGGUGCAGUCUCUGCUGGACCUGGAUGUGAGAAACAGCCAUGGGCGCACACCUCUCGACCUGGCGGCCUUUAAGGGCCAUGUCGAAUGUGUGGACGUCCUAAUCAACCAGGGAGCCUCCAUCCUGGUCAAAGACUCCAUGUUGAAGCGAACCCCCAUCCAUGCUGCAGCAACCAACGGUCAUUCAGAAUGUUUGCGUUUGCUGAUUGGAAAUGCUGAUCUUAAAAGUGCAGUCGACAUUCAAGAUGGAAAUGGACAAACUCCUUUGAUGCUGUCGGUUCUGAGUGGACACACGGAUUGUGUGUAUUCUCUGCUAAAUAAAGGAGCCAAUGUAGAAGCCAAAGACAAGUGGGGCCAGACAGCCCUGCACAGAGGAGCGGUGACCGGUCACGAGGAAUGUGUGGAGGCCUUGCUUCAGCACAGCGCCACCUUCCUGGUGCGAGACUGUAAAGGUCGCACACCAGUCCACCUGUCGGCAGCAUGUGGACACAUUGGGGUACUGGGAGGCCUGCUGCAUGCUGCCCAAUCAGUGGAAACACUCCCCGUCUUAACUGACAACCAAGGCUACACCCCACUGCACUGGGCCUGCUACAAUGGUCACGAUACGUGUGUGGAGGUUUUGCUGGAGCAAGAGGUUUUUCACAAGGCCGAGGGCAGUGCCUUCAGCCCCCUCCACUGUGCUGUGAUCCAUGACAACGAAAGUGCAGCGGAGAUGCUGAUCGACACUCUGGGCCCUGCCAUUGUCAAUGCCAAAGACAGUAAAAGCAGGACUCCGCUACAUGCAGCAGCCUUCACUGACCAUGUGGAGUGUCUCCAGCUGCUGCUGAGCCACAACGCUCAGGUCAACAGUGUCGAUGCUGCAGGGAAAACCCCGCUCAUGAUGGCCGCUGAAAAUGGCCAGACCAACGCUGUCGAACUACUGGUGAGCAGUGCAAAUGCAGAUCUCACUCUGCAGGACGCUGUGAAGAACACUGCACUUCAUCUCGCCUGCAGUAAGGGACAUGAAACCAGUGCCUUGUUGAUAUUGGAGAAGAUCACAGACAGAAACCUCGUAAAUGCCACGAACGCCGCCUUACAGACGCCUCUACACGUGGCUGCAAGAAAUGGUUUAACGGUGGUGGUGCAAGAGCUGCUUGCAAAGGGAGCCAGUGUACUUGCAGUCGAUGAAAACGGUUACACACCCGCCUUGGCUUGUGCCCCCAAUAAAGAUGUGGCAGACUGCCUCGCCCUCAUUCUGGCCACCAUGAUGCCUGUCUCCCCCUGCGCCCCGGCACCCACGCUCCCUUUCAGUGCCAUUAACCACUACACCACCAGCCCCUCCAAGAGCAUCACCUUCGACAGCCUGCCCAUGAUGAGCAGCGAGCACAACUCCUACUGCAGCUUCAACAACAUCAGCCACCAAGAAAACGAUAAGGAUGAAGAGCUCAAUGACUCGGACUCAGAGACGUACUGAGGGACAGGAGGGAGCGAGAAAUGCAUAAACACACACACACACUGUGUCUUAAAAAUCAUCCGCAGCCAGUUCGAGAGGGCAGAAGAAGGAAAAGUGCCCCCCCCCCCACACAAACACACACACACCAGAGAGAGGGGAGGGAGGAGGUGCAGCAUGUUGGCCCACACUCAUCCCGACCUCAUCCAGCACCAGGUGUCCUUCAGCUGAUACUGGACCUCAGUAACCGCUGCUUUGCCAACCUUGACUUUUUGAGUGGUAAAACGGCGCUUGUUGUUGGGACAGCGACUUUUGUACGGCAAUAACAAGAUGAAGAGGCACUUCACAGAAAGCUAAACCGACAGGGACCAAGACGCAUGGAUGCAUUUUAACCCAGUUUUAACUGUGUACAUUAGAUUCAGAAUUUGAGGGAUUAUUGAUAAGCAGGCGGGAACGGUUAAAAUUUUUGACUUUCUUGAUGAGUUGGAGAGAAUUGAUGCCCGCACACUACAUCCUUCAAGUCUGUAAGUCAUAAAGGUGGGAAAUCAUUUAUUUUUAUUUUUUAGAUCAAACAUUUUAAUAUCUUAAACUCUAUCCUCUAAAUCUGAUUUAGCGACCCGAGUAAUUUAAAAACAUUUGAUAUGUGCGCCAGGUUAUUUUUAAGUUGAUCAAUCUUACCUUUGUAUAUUGACCUGUCCAUUGCGGUUUAGUCUUUCAAGAAUAAAUUAUUUGUGUCAUAUUGGUUCCUAUUUAUGUGUUCAUUUUGUGCCUUCAUUAGUCACUGAGAAAAGCUGGGUUUGUUGAAGCAGCUGUGACAGUACAGUGAUGCGCACUAGGUAAGAAAUGGAACAUUUCUAAGAGGCACUGAUCUUGUCCCGAGGUAUCAGCUUUGUGAAGAAACACUGUAAACCAAUGAUAGAACAGCGUUUGAUUUUCUUUGGUGUGAAUGAUAUCUUUGCUCGUAUAUUAGUCAAUGUUUGUUGACAGGUUUUGCUUGCUUUAACUUUUUUGUUUUUUAAGAAACCACUUGAUCCUACCAUGAUUCAAAGCUUCCCGUUUCUGUCUGUUGAAAUAUCCUUUUUACUGGAAAUAUGUACAAUACAUUUGCUAGCUUCUUUAGAAUGGAAAAGAUGUUUUUUUUCUUUUCCUUGCUCUUUCUUGAAGAGGGAUGAAACUAGCAUGUAUAUAGAAAUUAUUACUGUGAAUUCAACGCUCCAGUGAAUUCUUUCAGUACCGAGAUUGCUGUAUAUUUUAUGAGUAAUAAAGAAAUGAGUUAUUUAAUAAUGAA